UGCUGCGCCACUAUGCUGUCAUGGUUCCGACCCAAAUAGGCAUCUGAAAACAACUGGCAUCCCAACUUGUAACAUCAUCUGUCCAGUUCCCUCCACAGAUGCUGCGUUCCUCGAGCAUAUUUGUUUUGUUUGCCGUUUCUUGUUCUUAACGUCAGGUUUUAUCAUGGUUCAGGUCAUUUGGAAGUACAUUUUUUGUGCCAUCCCUGGAAAGAUUCUCCCUUUGGGGAAGUGAUAUUUUACCACGUUAGGUGACAGAGAUGUAAAACAUUUUUUUGUCUCUCUCUUUAAUUCUAGAUUCGGGUGACCCUUUGAAAGUGACCUUCCACUGACCUUUCCAGCAGAGCCAAGCAGCAAAGUAGUGUCAAAGUGGAGAACUUCCAGGAGCUCUGACCGCAGGUCGAUGGCGACUGAAGAGGUGGAAGGGUGUUGGUGAUAAAAAACCAAUGGGUGCCCAGGAGCAAACUGUGGAGGAAGAUCCCAGCCUGACCCCCAGGAUGCUUCCACUGAACAAACGGCCGAGGAAGAGGGCAGGAGCGACGGAGGGGAAAACUGGCACGCAGGUGGAGAUCCUGGAAGAACCAGAGGCGGAAAGCCUGGGCGUGCCAUCCCGUGCCCGCUCCGACGGCGAGGAUGGAGACGAGAGGAAGGGCGAGAAGUUUACCUGCUCCAUCUGUAGGAAGAACUUCACCUUCCUCAGUGUGCUGUCGGUCCACAUGCGAACACACACAGGCGAGAAGCCCUACAAGUGUCCGUACUGUGAGCACAGGGCAUCCCAGAAAGGCAACCUGAAGAUACACAUCCGCACCCACAGGAUGGGGGACCUAAGCGAGGGCCAUGAGACUGGUGGGGGUGGGCGACGGGUGGAAGACCCUGACGGGAUGGAGACCCCCGAGGUGACCGGCCAACCCCAGUCGGCCAAGGGAGAUCACGGGAAGGUGUUGCCUCGGAUGGUGAAGGAGAGGGAAGUCCACGCUAGUGCAGGUGCCUCUACCCAGCGGUGCAGGGGGUGCGGCGGAGCCUUCGAGAAGCAGGAGCAGCUGGAUCAACACGUUCAGCUCUUCCACCAGCUGUACAAGUGCAGGCUUUGCGACUACUCCACUCUGAGGGAAGACCGCUUCCUCAGCCACAUCGAGAGGGUCCACAUCACGGCAGAGGUGCCAAGAGGCGCCGGCGAGGAGGAGGAGGUGCCGGCCGAGCGGAGGGUGGGACAGUUCACCUGCGACAAUUGCCAGGCGACGUUCACCCAAGCCUGGUGCCUGAAGGCCCACAUGAAGAAGCACAGCGGCGCCCUGGAGCACGGCUGCCCCGUGUGUGGCCGCAGGUUUAAGGAGCCCUGGUUCCUGAAGAACCACAUGAAGGUGCACAGCGCGAGGAGCAGGAGCAGGAGCAAAACCAGGAGGGGCGACAACGAGGAUUUGGUCACCAUCAACAAUGUCGUGCAAGAGGAAAGAAUGGGGGUGGCCUUCUCUCAGUACGAGAUGUGCAUGAAAUGCGGCUACCUGUUCCCAAACGGGCAGAGUCUCAUCAAACACCAGGAGCUCCACUCCAGAGCUGAUCCACACCACCCAGGGGAACAAGCACCGGAUAUCUCGACCAAGGAUGGCUUCCUUCGGUGUCUGGGCCUGAGGCCAGUUUUGUCAUUGGAGAACUUCACAGGCCGCUUGUCGGCGAAGGGGCUGGCGGAGUUUGAUCCCGUGAGCAGCCACUUGGCGUGGUAUUUGAACCAGGGGGGAGAGGUGGGAGACCUGACACAAGACGAUGCCACGCCAGAGACCGGUGACAAGGCGAAAGGGGAAGGCUUCCUCGCCGGCGCAGAGAAGCGCAAGCGGGAAGGCGGCGCCGUCGGCGGCGGCGGCUGCUCCAAACGGCGAGACGGACUGAUGGGCGAGGGGUGUUUGUUGAGCCGAUCCAGGGAGAGUUGUGAGCCCGGCCCCAGCAAGGGCAGAAGCAGCGAGUGUCCAGAAUGUGGCAAGGUGUUCCGCACCUACCACCAGGUGGUGCUGCACUCCAGAGUUCACAGGCGGAAGAGAAUGCAGGAGCCCGGGCCCAGCUCCAUCAGCGAAGUGGACUCCACGUCCAACAGUCAGCCCAGCUCCCCCAGCUCCAUCUCAGCCCCGGAAGAUGCAGCCGUGCCCGCACUGGCCCAGGCUGGUGCUCACCAUUCAGGAGGCAUCGCGGAGAUGCUGUCAGAAAAGGAUGCAGCGAGGAAGUCGGACAUGGAAAAUCCCCACAUUUUUUCCCCUGGCACAGCGACCGAGUCAUCUCCACUUCAAUGCCACAGGGACAGCCACCACGCAUCUCCUCAGAAUGGAACCAAAGAAGACCUUCCAAACCCCGCUAACGUAUUUUUACCUCACGUGGCUGGCGUCUUCCCUUCCAAUAGGGAUGCUGCUUGCUGUUUGGAUGCAAAGGGAUUCGCUGAAGUUUCUGAGUGCUACGGUUCAAUCUCUGAAGAAAGUGCAUCGUUGGAGCAACCUAAAUGUGAGCUUAUUGGGGUCACAGGAGAUGACAUGCAUCCUAGCUCGGCAUCAGGAUGCCAGAACACUGCAAGGGAUCGGACUAUGUCAAGGUAUGCAGAUUCACCUCAGUUUGUGAGAUCAAAUGGACACAUGUUAAGAACAGAAAGGCCUUCACAAUGUGUAAGGAGAGGCCACAUCACCGACUCAAAUCAAAAUGGAGCCCAUGAUGACUUUCCUUUGGACUUGACCUCAGCUUUGUUGACUGACCAUCCUUGUGCAGAUAAAUUCGCUCCGAAGGGCAGACUUACCUCAUCACUGCCGAAUGCCAUGAUCAUCCAUUUUUGCCAGUUCUGCAGUCACACAACCCUUUACCCCGAAGUUCUCUUGAUGCACCAACGUGUCAACCACAAGAUGAAUCUCCACAUCAUCCCUCCUGAACAUCUUUCAGGAUAUGGGUCAAAAGCCAAGGUUCACCAUGUAGUCGGCGUCAGUGGUGUUCGACGCACUGGGCCUCCUCCCAUGCUGAAUGGCAAAGAGUGUUCUCCUGUGGCCUCUUCUAGAUCAGCUCGCACCCACCCUCCCUCUGUGAGCCAAACAGUUACGCUGAAUUCAACUCCUCCAUGCUCGGAGACCGCUGGCAAGUCAUUUGAUUCACCCCAGAGCAGACCUUACACCCAAUCUACAGGCAGAACAUCUGGGGUCCCAAUUCAGGAUCCUCACCGGCAUCAAAGAGCAAGAAACAGCCAUGAACUAUGUGGAUUUACAUCAGGAUCGAAAGUGACACCAAAUAUCACUUUACAGAAGAAACAAGUUGGUAACUUUGAAAAGGGCUUUUUUAGUUCACCUGCAUUUCUGGGAUUUGGCAUGCCAAUUGGGAGAGUAGCAGAAGGCCAAGAUGUUUUGAAAGAGGCUGUGGGAUUUCUGCAGUUUGAUGACCAGUGCCAGGCACACCCGCCAAAGGUUCCAGGUGGCCGAGGCAUCAAGGACCAAGCCUCGCCCAAGGGUGGCCAACAUACUCCGUACAAAACCUCCACGCUGCAUCAGCAUGAGUGUAUCAGCAAGUCAAUAGGUACCAGUAGGCUGGGCUGGCUGGGGAGCCCCGCACGAAAUGGGUGGACAGGUGUGCCUUGGCCACAUUGCUCAGGCCCAGCAAAAGUCUCCACUCUUCAACACUCUGUCAAACGGGGGUCGCCCCUAGGAGCAGGAGAUUUGAGCAAACACAUGGAUCCCUUUCACAUGAUCACGCCUUACAGAUCUCGAGACCUGUCGGCCUUGUUACACAGCUGGAGAGGAGAUACCCAUCACUUUGUGUGUCCCACAGACAAAGGAGGUAGGAGACCCUUCCAAUGCCGGUUCUGCCCUUACAGUGCUUCCCAGAAGGGGAAUCUGAAAAUGCACGUUCAAUACGUUCAUCGUGUACCAUUCGACAACAGUCUGUACCCAGAUCGCCGCUUCAGACUCUCGCAGGGUGAAAACAGUCUCUACAGAUCCAUGGUGGGGCAGCUUGAUCCCUCUUCGCUAGAUCAUCAUCUUCCUGGGGCAACUAUCCUGGAAUGACGAUAUCCCCCAAACUUGGGAGUCUCUGGAUUUCUCCGUUCACACGAGGCAAAAAGUGGUGGAAAUAUUUUGGCGAGUGGGAAACGUGACAAGAUGUUGUGGGUCUGUUUUAGGCCUUAAGGAGGCAGGGAACAAGUAUCCAUGGCAUAAAAUCAGACAAAGCCAGACUGAGUCAUCUAUGGAAGAACAUCUGCUCUCUGCUAACAAAAUGCAGACAAGUGGUGCUAUUAGAAGAAAAGUCAACCAGCUGUUUGGAAAACAUUUUUUUUAUUGACUAUUUGCAUUGGCAACGUAAACUAGUUAAAUCAUCACUAGAUUGCACCCAAGUUUUUUUUUUCUUCAAUUGGGAGAAAUUGUUGUGGUUUGAGACGAGCUGAUGCCAUCAGUCUGAGACUAGAUGCAUUAGACUGAUAAUCAGCAAAAUGCAACAACUUGGACUAGCAACUCUGCCCUGAUCACAUCAUUGAAAAUGGUUGUUAAACUUUAUCAAAGAGGCAUUCUUUUUUUUUUUCCAACUUAAUGACUGGAUUUGGCAAAACUAAUUCCUGUUAACAAUUAAAAGGCAAGUCAUGUCAACAGGAAACUCUGUGCCCUCCCCUAUAGAGCAGGUACUACAUUUUUAACAAGAACACAUGUGUAUAUAUUUUUAAUAAUUGCAUAUUAAACAACAGAAUUACCCUUUGUUUCCACAGUCUAGACUUCACAAUGGACUGCUUUAAAACAAAUGAACAUUUCUUCUGCAGAUACAGACGCCGACACAGGAAACAGGGAAGGUUUUUCAACAAGUAAAACUAUUCUGUUCAUCUAAUUUGAAGAAAUGUUCAUGGUAAAAUGGUCAGUUGCACAACAGCAGAAAACUAUGCAUUCCUUUAUUGCUCAGGACUAUGUACAGGGUUAAUCCACCAUUGCAUUGGUUAAUUGUUGUCACGUAUACUGAGAUACAGUGAAUACUUUUGUUUGGGUGCUACCCAGUUAAAUCAUACUGCACAUAUGUACAAUCAAGCCAUACACAACUACAGCUGGUAGUGCAAAGAGAAAAUUAGCAGAGCGCUGAAUUUUGUGUUCCAGCAGUAUAGUUAUGAAGAAAGUGCAGAUAAAAUAAAUGUAAUGCCCACAAUGGUCAGUUGGAAGAUCAGGACUACACUCUGGGUUACGAGAUGUCCGUUUAGAAGUCCAAUAACAGUGGGGAAGAAGGUGUUCCUGAAUCUGGUGGUACAUGUUUUCAACGUUUUGUAUCUUAGACAUAGAAAACAUAGAAAAUAGGUGCAGGAGUAGGCCAUUCGGCCCUUCGAGCCUGCACCGCCAUUCAAUAUGAUCAUGGCUGAACAUCCAACUCAGUAUCCUGUACCUGCCUUCUCUCCAUACCCCGAUCCCUUUAGCCGCAAGGGCCACAUCUAACUCCCUAUUAAAUAUAGCCAAUGAACUGGCCUCAACGACAUUCUGUGGCAGAGAAUUCCAGAGAUUCACCACUCUCUGUGUAAAAAAUGUUUUUCUCAUCUCAGUCCUAAAAGAUUUCCCCCUUUACCCUUAAACUGUGACCCCUGUGAUCUUCUGCCCAAUGGGACAGAGAAGAAGCAGGAAUGACUGGAAUGUGGGUGGUCCUUCAUUAUAUAACUUUUGAUAUUAAAUAACUUAGAACUCCUGGUCAGGAUCUGCUGUUAAUUUUCACCCCGUAGAUGGCAGAUGAAGGUAAUCAGAGAUCCCUUAACCCAUGACAACACGGAUUAAGACAAAAUCCUAGAGGUGAAACAGAUUAGUUUUGCCAAGCUCCACCCUGUAAUUAUAGACCUGAUGCAAAAUUGUAUUCAACAAGUAAAAGAAGAAAGAAAAUUAUGAUACAGUUCCUGUCCCUGACAUCUGGCCCAUAUUUGAAAGCACUGCAGUAAUUCAAAUAUGUGAUUAUAUUUAGAGAUCAACACCAAAGGCAAUACCUCAGGCCAUUCAGCAAAAAUAUAUCUAAGAUAUUGUCUUUUUGAAAGUCUAGAAGUUCACACUUUCUUUCAUCUUUCCAGAGGAAAAACAGACUCCCCUUCCUUCCCCUCCCACAGAUAAAAUGUGUUGAUUAGUGUGGGUGUCAGCGGUUAUGGGGGGAAGGCAGGAGAAUGGGGUUAGGAGGGGGGAGAUAGAUCAGCCAUGAUUGAAUGGCGGAGUGGACUCAAUGGGUCAAAUGGCCUAAUUCUGCUCCUAUCACUUAUGAUCUUGUGAUUUUGCCCUUGCUAAAGCUGGAAAACUAGGCAAAUUUCCUUCACAUCUACCCUCAAAAUAAUAAGGCCAUUCAUUGAAUCAGAUUUAUUUGGGAGGAAGUUCAAUUUAUUCUUGUGUAGGAGUAAACUCUGGGAAAGAAGCUCAAGGCAGAAAUAAUGAGUCAAACAUCUUACAGCCCUUUGUAUCUGUACUAGCCCUUUAGAAGAGGUUUAAUGUCAAUAACUGACCCCACCAAUACUCUAUCCAGUGUUAUACAGUGAUAUUUCUGGCACUACCAGUACUGCACCCAGUAUAUCUCAUCAUUGUUAUAUCUAGUGUUCCACAGAGAUAGACUUGUGCCCACCAAUACUGUACCCAGUGAAACAAAGUGACAAAUGUUAACGUAUUUGUUAAACGGUGAUGGACCCAUGGGUGGUGUGUGUAUGGAGUUUGUAUGUUCUCCCUAUGACUAUGGAUUUUCUCCGGGUGCUACUGUUUCCUCCCACACUCCAAAGAAGUACAGAUUUGUAGAUUAAUUGGCUUCUGUAAAUUGUAAAUUGUCCCCAAUGUGUAGGAUAGUGUGCUAUUAAGUGUACAGGCUGAUGGCUGGUCAGCGUGAAUUUGGUGGGCCGAAGGUCCUAUUUCCAUGCUUUCUCUCUAAAGUUUAAAAUAAAGGACCUCUCCUCACCAGUACUGUACUCAAAUCAAAACAAAUCAAAUACGUUUAUUGUCAUUGCACAACAACUGUACAACAAAAUUUCACUGCAUCUCCUUCAGUGGUAUACAUAGAAGACACGGGAUAAAAGAUUAAAAGAACAAAAACCAUUGACUCUCAUAUACCGGCAAGGUCAGUAAAUGAAAUUAAUAAAAUAAAAUUAAUAAAUAGAUAAUAGAAAUAUAAAAAAUAUUGCGUGUUAUAUUGCCCCACGAAUAGUGUUGUGUUGCCCGCAGUGUUAUCUAUUUGAGUUUAGUUCUUUUAUGGCACAUGGGUAGAAACUGUUAAUUAGUCUACAAGUGCGGGUCUUCAGAGACCUGUAUCGCCUCCCAGAGGGCAGCAGAGUGAAAAGGUGGUUGGCAGGGUGGGAUGAGUCAUGUUUGAUGUUUGUGGCCCGGCGUAAACAUCGGGCCCUGUAAAUGUCAUCCAGGGAGGGUAGUUGAGCGUUUGUGAUGCUCUGUGCUGUUUUAAUAACUCUCUGUAAUGCCUUCCUUUCAGCCUCACAUGAUGUAAUGAUUAAUCCUGCCCCAUGCUAGUACCGUAUGUCUGUGUUAUAUAGUUGCAGGCCCAUUUGCAUUGAUACUGUACCACACAGACCUGUUCCCACAAGUCUCAUAUAAUGAUAGAACCUAUCCCCACCAGUACUGUACUCACUGUUAUACAGUGUUAAACCCAUCCCCAUCAGUACUGUACCCCAAUGUGACUGUUAUACAGUGAUAAAUCCAUCCCCAUCAAUAAUGUACCUCAGUGUUAUACACGGACAAACCCAUGCCUAUCUGAUGUCCUUCCAGAUCCCAAAGAAAUGUUGUGGGAGUUGGACAUUGUAAAUUACUCCUACUGUGUAGGUGAGUGGUAGAAACUGAAGAGGUUCAGGGAAUUUUGUGGAGAUUAAAAUGGAAUGAAUGUAAAUAGGCAAUCGGUGCACGAGUAGGCCAUCCGGCUCUUUGAGCCAUCACCGCCAUUCAUUGUGAUAGAAACAUAGAAAAUAGGUGCAGGAGUAGGCCAUUCGGCCCUUCGAGCCUGCACCGCCAUUCAAUAUGAUCAUGGCUGAUCAUCCAACUCAGUAUCCUGUACCUGCCUUCUCUCCAUACCCCCUGAUCCCUUUAGCCACAAGGGCCACAUCUGACUCCCUCUUAAAUAUAGCCAAUGAACUGGCCUCAACUACCUUCUGUGGCAGAGAAUUCCAGAGAUUCACCACUCUCUGUGUGAAAAAUGUUUUUCUCAUCUCGGUCCUAAAAGAUUUCCCCCUUAUCCUUAAACUGUGACCCCUUGUUCUGGACUUCCCCAACAUCGGGAACAAUCUUCCUGCAUCUAGCCUGUCCAACCCCUUAAGAAUUUUGUAAGUUUCUAUAAGAUCCCCCCUCAAUCUUCUAAAUUCUAGUGAGUACAAGCUGAGUCUAUCCAGUCUUUCUUCAUAUGAAAGUCCUGACAUCCCAGGAAUCAGUCUGGUGAACCUUCUCUAUACUCCCUCUAUGGCAAGAAUGACUUUCCUCAGAUUUGGAGACCAAAACUGGACGCAAUACUCCAGGUGUGGUCUCACCAAGACCCUGUACAACUGCAGUAGAACCUCCCUGCUCCUAUACUCAAAUCUGAUUAUCCAUAAUCAGUACCUCGUUACUGCCUUCUCCACAUAUCCCUUGAUUCCGCUAUCUUUAAGAACUCUAUCUAACCCUCUCUUGAAAGCAUCCAGAUAAUUGGCCUCCACUGCCUUCCGAGGCAGAGAAUUCCACAGAUUCAUAACUCUCUGGGUGAAAAGGUUUUUCCUCAUCUCCGUCCUAAAUGGCCUCCUCCUUAUUCUUAAACUGUGGCCCCUGGUUCUGGACUCCAUUCUUUCAACAUAUGACAGUCCUGCCACCUGGGAAUUAACCUCAUGAACCUAUGCUGCAUUCUCUCAACAGCAAGAAUGUCCUUCCUCAAAUUUGGGGAUGAAAACUGCACACAAUACUGCAGGUGUGGUCUCACCAGGGCCCUGUACAACUACAGAAGGACCUCUUUGCUCCUAUACUUAACUCCUCUUGCUAUGAAGGCCAACAUGCCAUUAGCUUUCUUUACUGCCUGCUGUACCUGUAAAUGCAUGCUCGAUGGUCAGUGUAGAUUCAGAGGGCCAAAUAGGUUGUUUCUGUGUCUUAUGAUGAUACGAUUUUAUGAUUCUUACUCCUUAGCCAUCUGGGCAUGAAUUUUCAAGGGUACAUUUAGGUACUUUUUUUGAUAUGUUUAAUGUUUUUGAUUACACCAUCCUUUCAUAAGUUCAUAUGGUCUCGAAGCAAAAUUAGGCUAUUCGGCCCAUCAAGUCUACUCCGCCAUUGUAUCAUGGCUGAUCUAUCUUUCCUGUCCAUUUCCACCUUAAAAGUACCCAAUGACGACCUCCACAGCUGUCUGUGACAAUGAAUUCCACAAAUUCAGUACCCUCUGACUAAAGAAAUUCCUCCUCAGCUUUCUAAACGUACGUCCUUUUAUUCUGAGGCUAUGGCCUCUGGUCCUAGACUCUCCAACAAGUGCAAACAUAUUCUCCACAUUCACUUUAUCCAGGCCUUUCAGGCAAUGAGUUCCACCAGCACCAACAUCUGAACAAAAACAUUUUUCCUCAUCCCCAUCCUUCUAAUGCUUAUCUCAAAACUGAUAGAUGGUGACUUCUUUGCCAAGGGAAAUGGGUCCUACCUAAGUUUGUUUUCAUUUUUAUGCACCUCGAUUAAAUCUCCCACCAACCUCCUUUGUUACAAAUACUUUGUAUUGGUAUUGGGUAUUAAUAUUAUCAUGUGUACCAAGAUAGAAUGAAAAGUUAUGUGCCAUCCUAUACAAUCAAGCCAUACACAAGUAUAACAGGUAGUGCAGAGAGUAAAAUAUCAGAGUGCAGUAUAUUAUAUAGCUACAGAGAAAGUGCAGAUAAAAAAGUGCAAGGGCUACAUUGAGGUAGGUUGGGAGAUUGGGACUACACUCUUAAAUACGGGAACACUAUUCAGCAGUCUGAUAACAGCAGGAAAUAAGCUGUUCUUAAAUCUGGUGCUACAAGGCUUCAGAUGUUUGUAUCUUCUGCCCAUUGGGAGAGAGGAGAAGAGGUCAAUUCAGUUUAGUUCUGCGAUACAGCAUGAAAACAGCCCCUUCGGUCCAACUAGUCACCGGUCAGUGAUCAACUGUAUACUAGUUCUAUCCUAUAUCCUCUAGGGACAAUUUACAGAAGCCAAUUAACCUACGAAACCUGCACAUCUUUGGAUUGUGGGAGGGAACCAGACCACCCAAAGAAAACCCAUACAGUCAUAGGGAGAAUGUACAAACUCCGUACAGUCAGCACAUGUAGUCAGGUUUGAACCAAGAUCUCUGAAGCUGCAAGGCAGCAACUCGACCACUAAGUUGAAGUUGCAUUUCAUCUUUAUAACAUUGCCCUCUGUGGAAAAACAGGGUGACACCCAAUCUCAGAUGGGCGGGUUAAGGUCACAUUGACUGUUACCAUUUAACAGUUGGCAAAAGGUAAGUGCCUACCACGUCAUAAAAUUUCCCAAAAGAACCAAACACUCAAGAGUUGAUGUGGGAGUCAUUACAAAAUUAAACCCACGACUUAAAAGAAUGGUGGAAGGACAUUCAGCAGGAACUUUUAGGGAUGAAUAAUUGUUUGUAGAAUUGUAGAAAUCUAUUAUUGGCAGUUGGCCCAAGCAUCAGUGCUGGGAGUGUCAAUCCUCAUUAAUUGUUUUCAGUGACUGCAUUAAUAGUUGAACUCACAUUCUAAGUCAACUGCUUCAAUUAUUUGAAACACCCUGAAUCUUCCAUUCCCAGGGGAAUACUGACAGACUUGAACGACCUGUUUUCUGAAAUAAUCCAUACAAUGUUCAAUAGUUUACAAUUCUAUUCUAUCAAUUGCUUUUAAGAGGAGAGCUACCUCAUCAGUAAUACAUGCGAGAGAUAAUAACCAAAAAUAGUUUUCCUUCCCUUGCUCUGAAUCUUAAAAUAAUUUUGGUCUUAUGUCAAUUUUCUUGUAAUGUUUGUACCAAAAAGACAAAAGUCACAUCUUCCAUUAACCCCAAAAGAUUUCCCAAAGAGUUUAGUUUUAGAACACAUUCCUUUAAUAAAAUGUUAGACCCUCUCUCCAUGUGUUAAAAGAGUGCGUAUGGAUUUGAGAUAACAUGCUACCGUAACACAACUAGAACCUCCGUCACCUUCAAAGCAUCAACAAAACUGGCAUGGCAGAGCAGUGGUAGAGUUGAUGCCUAAUGCCCCUGUCCCACUUAGGAAACCUGAACGGAAACCUCCGGAGACUUUGCGCCCCAUCCAAGGUUUCCGUGGGGUUCCCGGAAGUUGCAGGUGGUUGCCGGAGGUUGCAGGUAGUGGAAGCAGGUAGGGAGACUGACAAAAACCUCCGGGAACCACACGGAAACCUUGGGUGGGCCGCAAAGUCUCCAGAGGUUUCCGUUCAGGUUUCCUAAAUGGGACAGGGGCAUUACAGUGUCACAGACGCAAGUUCGAUCCUGACUAUGGCACUGUCUGUAUGGAAUUUGUGCAUUCUUCCCGUGACCUGCAUGGGUUUUCUCCAGUUGCUCUGGUUUCCUCCCACAAGGCUUAUUGGCUUGGUAAAAUUGUUAAUUGUCCUUAUUUUGUGUAGGUUAGUGUUGGUGUGAAGGGAUCACUGGUCAGCGCAGACUCGGUGUGUCGAAAGGCCUGUUUCCACAUUGUAUCUCUAACCUAAACUAAAAAACUAAAAACCUUUAAUCAAUUAAGGCAAAAGGUUUCUGAAGAUCAAGACCUGAGAUUUGGCACAAGAUUCAUGAUCCAGCAGGCAGCAGCAAUCCUGGUUAUCUUGUAUGCUUCUAAGACAAGGACAUUCUGCAACAGGUACUUCAAGGGACUGAAAAAAAAAUCACCAACUCUCUGCAAAAUCAUCAUAAUUCACUGGAAGUGCAACAAUGUCAGUGUCCUCUCCAAGGCCAACAUGCUCAGGAUUGAACACCUAGUUGCACUCAGUCAGUUAUGUUGGGCCUAUGUCAUGACGUUUGUAUACCUGGCACGAGCCUUCCAAAAUACAUACCUGUCUUUGGGAAAAGUGGGAAAGAUUUGAAGAUGUACUCAAAGUUUCCUUGGUAAAAUGCAACAUCCCCGAUGACUCCUCGGAAUCUCAGUCCAAUAGAUUAGAGAAGUAACAUUCAGGAUGUUGUUGAAAAUCAUGUGCUGAGGACACCAGGAUGUGGAGGGUUUCUGAUCUCUCAGCUCAGCACACCUGAGCUCCACCCUGGACUCAGUGCUGGGGCAGGUGGCAGUGCAGCCAGAGGAUCUGGGGUGACGGAGGAACUGAGGGAAAUCCACAUUAGGCAGGUGCUGGGUAGACUGAUGGGACUGAAAGCUGAUAAAUCUCCAGGGCCAGAUGGUCUGUAUCCCAGGGUACUUAAGGAAGUGGCUCCAGAAAUUGUGGAAGCAUUGAAAAGCAAUUUCUAGACCAAUUGAAAAAAACAUUUUCCAAUGUUCUGUAGAUUCAGGAUCAGUUCCUGUGGAUUGGAGGGUAGCUAAAGUUAUCCCACUUUUUAAGAAAGGCGGGAGAGAGAAAACAGAAUUAUAUACCAGUCAGCCUGACAUCGGUGGUGGGGAAGAUGUUGGAGUCAAAUAUAAAAGAAGAAAUAGCGGCACAUUUUGAUAGCAGUGACAGGAUCGGUCCGAGUCAGCAUGGAUUUACGAAGGGGAAAUCAUGCUUGACUAAUCUUCUGAAAUUUUUUGAGUAUGUUACUAGGAAGAUGCACAAGGGAGAGCCAGUGGAUGUAAUAUACCUGGACUUUCAGAAAGCAUUUGAUAAGGACCCACAUAGGAGAUUAGUGGGCAAAAUUAGGUCACAUGGUAUUGGGGGUAGAGUGCUGACAUGGAUAGAAAAUUGGUUCACAGACAGGAAACAAAGAGUAGGGAUUAACGGGUCCCUUUCAGAAUGGCAGGCAGUGACUAGUGGGGUACCGCAAAGCUCGGUGCUGGGACCGCAGCUAUUUACAAUAUACAUCAAUGAUUUAGAUGAAGGGAUUCAAAGUAACAUUAGCAGAUUUGCAGAUGACACAAAGCUGGGUGGCAGUGUAAACUGUGGAGGAUGUUAUGAGAAUGCUAGGGUGACUUGGACAGGUUGGGUGAGUGGGCAGAUGCAUGGCAGAUACAGUUUAAUGUGGAUA